UAAUUUGAAAUUGAAUAACAUAAUUUGAAAUUGAAUAACAUAAUUUGAAAUUGAAUAACACAAUUUGAAAAUUCCUCAGAUUUCCUAGCCUACAGAUUUCCCUAACAUCCCAUAGCAGUUACAACAUACUUACACGAAGUAUCGGGAUCGGACUAUUGGGAAUGAAAAGUUGAAAACGUCGUUCCUGACGUUCCAUUUAUAGUUAUUUGAUUAGAUCCAUUGAUUAGAUCAUAGAAUUUUACAAAUUAGAUAUUUAUUAUUGAAAAUGAAUCGAAUGGCUGAAGAACCUACAUUGAUUAAUGAAUUGGUGAGAUAUAUUAGUGAAGUGAUAUUUGUGAUUGGGCAAAAUGGAAGUGAUGAAUAUGGAAGUGAUGGAACAGAUUUUGCUAAUUUUCGUCUUGACUAUCUCAGCAGUAUUGUUGCUCGCUACGUGGAUGAACUAAAUUUCGGCGAUCAAGUGUUAAAUAAUAUUCAACAAGCUAGGGAGUUACUCAUUCAGGGAGAACGAGAUCUGCCAGUGUUUUAUGAAGCUCCAUCUGUGGUUCCUAUAAGUGGUCAACGUGGUAGACCCCGUUUUGAAAUUAGCCGGGAACAGCUAGAAUUCUUUUUAGAGCAAAAUUUUACGUCGAGAGAGAUAUCAUGUUUAAUGGGUGUAAGUGAAAGUACUGUAAAGAGAAGAAUUCGCGAGUUUGGAAUCAAUAUCAGAGAUGGUUAUUGUGAGUUUCAUGAUGAGCAGCUGGAUCAACUAGUUUUACAAUUUUUGACUGACUUCCCCAAUUCCGGAUACAGACGUAUGACAGGAUUUUUGCUUUCUGCUGGACACAGAGUUCAACAGCAUCGUGUCAGGGAGAGCAUGCGAAGGGUAGACCCCAUUGGCGUCUUUUUACGUGCCCUUGAAAUUCGGACUGUCAGAAGGAGGAGAUAUCAAGUGCCUGGCCCACUAGCACUAUGGCACAUUGAUGGAAAUCAUAAACUCAUCAGAUGGCGCUUUGUUAUUCAUGGUGGAAUCGAUGGAUACACAAGAAUGAUUGUGUUCUUGAGAUGCUCAACGAACAAUAAGGCAUCCACUGUUUUGGAAUUAUUCCAAGAGGCUGUUCAAAAAUUUGGGUUACCUUCAAGGGUAAGAUCAGAUAAAGGCGGGGAGAACAUGGAUGUUGCUAUGUACAUGUUAAGCCAUCCAUUAAGAGGUCCUAAUAGAGGAAGCCACAUUGCAGGGAGAAGCGUUCACAACCAGCGCAUUGAAAGGCUUUGGCGUGACUUGUUUUCCGGUUGUGUUCAUGUGUUUUAUCAUUUGUUUUAUGACAUGGAGCAACAUGGAAUUCUGGAACCUUCAAAUGAAGUACACUUGUUUGCACUACAUUACACAUAUCUACCACGCAUCAACCAGAAUUUGAGUAUAUUUGUUCAGGGCCAUAGUAGAGCACCACUAAGUAGUGAAAGAGGAAAAUCACCAUUGCAAUUAUGGAUUCAAGGUUCAAUGACACACAGUAAUCGGGCAAUUGAUGAGCAAUGGAGUAUGGAAGACAAUGAGUACUAUGGAGUUGAUUGGGAUGGACCAGUCCCAAAUAAUGAAGAUUUGAAUGUGUCCUCUAAUGCCAUUGAAGUUCCUGUUACUAGCAUUCCAAUUUCUGAAGAAGCCUAUUUUCUUUUAAGAGAACAAAUUGAUCCAUUAAGAUACAGUGAGUCACAUGGUGUUGAUAUUUAUUUAGAAGUAUUGUCUUUCAUAGCAAAUUAA